AUGACAGGCCACGACCGGGCUUUACUCAAGCGUCGCUCCUCCACGCAGCACUACCAGACCUUCGAUACCCCGCCGCCAAAAUCGCGCGGACGACCCAACUCCGGCCAGUCCGAGUCCUCCGCGGACGGUUCCUACGAUCCCCACCAUGACGCCGCAGAUUCCCGAUUAAAAUCAUCACCGCUGCCAAGGAGGCAGAUGGCAGUGCUGGCGAUGAUUGCAUUGGCCGAACAAACGGCGUUGAACUCGAUCAGUCCGUACCUGCCCGACAUGGCAUCGUCAUUCCCCGAGGUGGAGGGCACGCAAGUGGGUGUAUACGUGGGGACCAUUGCCUCGGCCUUUGCGCUAGCACAAUUCGCCACGAAUUAUUUCUGGGGUUGGCUGUCUGACCACGUGGGUCGCAAGCCCGUGAUCCUGCUUGGCACUUUGUUGACUGCAGCCUGCUUUGUUGCAUUUGGAUUCUGCAAGACCCUCGCCCAGGCUAUUGUCGUGCAGGCUUUGAUGGGCAUGGUCAACGGGAACCAGGGACUGGUGUCUACCUGCCUUGGAGAGAUCACCGACCGAAGCAACCAGUCCAAGGCCUUCACCUACCUGCCGGUUUUAUACGGCAUCGGAGGUAUUACAGGACCCCUCGUAGGAGGACUUCUCGUCUUUGAGACAAAUCCGUUCACGGGCAACAAGAAUCCAUAUCCUUACCUUGCACCGAACCUGGUGGCCGCGCUUGUACUCUUGAUCGACCUCGUUUUGACAGCUAUUUUCCUGGAAGAGAGCUUGGAAGACGCAGACAGUAUCCCGAAGAUCGGUAAAAAGGUGCGCAGCUUGUUUGCGUGGCUGUGGCAGUUCACCGGUUCUUCCCGUCAUCCGACAUAUGUUGAGGUUGCCCCGACAGCCUCUCACCAUGACCACGUGGAGACGGAGGACCAUGACAGCGACCUGGAUUCUGCGUCGGAGGUAUCCAGUAUCCUCAAUCACCACGAGGAACUCUCGUAUGACGAGGUCUUCAACCGGGAUACGGUUCUACUUCUGUUGACCUAUUUGAUCUUUGCACUCUGCAACGUUUCAUUCAACUCGCUAUUUCCGAUUUUUGCACAGGCCAAGCCUCCGGCUGGAAGGUCCCUCACCCCGUCCGAGAUUGGUCUUUCUCAAGGAUUUGCUGGUGUGGUCACAAUCAUUUUCCAGAUUUGUAUCUUUAACCGUCUGCGGGACAAGAUGGGCAACCGAUGGUCAUACCGUGCCGGGCUCUUUGGCUUCGUGGUCUCUUUCGUCUUGAUGCCUUUCAUUGGAUACAAGAGCAGGAAUGGCAAGGGUCUGACGGGCAAGUCGGCCCUCAUGGCUGUCGAACUUUGCUUUGUGUUGCUAGUGAAGACCAUUGCCUCCGUGGGUGGACUGACCAGCGCUUUGCUUUUGGUCACCAACUCCGCACCCAACCACGCCGUCCUCGGCGCACUGAACGGUCUUGCACAGACUCUUUCCGCCGCGGGACGUUCGAUCGGCCCAUUCCUCUCCGGAGGACUGUUUUCGCUGACAGCCAAGAUCCAACCAAAGGGAGAGGCUAUAGCCUUUGGAGUAUUUGCCGCUGUAUCGUUCAUUGGAUUUAUCAUGAGCUUUGGCAUCCGCGGUCGUUCGCUUGAAGCAGAAGGCUGGAGCGAGGAUAGUGACGGAGACAAAUCGGAUGAUGAAGAAGCACCGAAUGGGGCUUGA